UGAUCUAUAAAUACAGAUAGUGUGAAUCGUAGCGUGCGUAUCGCUGUGAAGGACAGCUCCUCUUCAUCUUCUUCUUCGACACACACAUACACACAGAGAAAGAGAAAGAGAAGCGUAGAUCUAUUUGUUGCUUCAAGCUCGCGCUCUUCCUCAGGUGAAAAAUGGGGCUGUCUUUCACUAAGCUCUUCAGUCGGCUCUUCGCCAAGAAAGAGAUGCGUAUUCUGAUGGUGGGUCUCGAUGCGGCUGGUAAGACCACCAUUCUCUACAAGCUCAAGCUCGGAGAGAUCGUCACCACCAUUCCCACCAUUGGAUUCAAUGUGGAGACUGUGGAAUACAAGAACAUCAGCUUUACUGUCUGGGAUGUUGGGGGUCAGGACAAGAUCCGACCUUUGUGGAGGCAUUACUUCCAAAACACACAAGGACUUAUCUUUGUGGUUGAUAGUAAUGAUCGUGACCGUGUCGUUGAAGCCAGGGAUGAGCUGCACAGGAUGUUGAAUGAGGAUGAGUUGAGGGAGGCUGUCCUGCUUGUAUUUGCAAAUAAGCAAGAUCUUCCAAAUGCCAUGAAUGCUGCUGAAAUUACUGAUAAGCUUGGCCUUCACUCGCUCCGUCAACGCCACUGGUAUAUCCAGAGUACAUGUGCCACCUCUGGUGAAGGACUGUACGAGGGACUUGACUGGCUCUCAAACAAUAUUGCAAACAAGGCAUAGAUGGCUUGACUUGAAUUUUGUGCGGUGACGACUGCUGUAAUACGAAGCUGGACAUUGAUCCUUGGUGCUUUGCAUUUGCUACCGUUUUAAGUACCUUAUUUUACCGUGUUUGUGUUUUCUUUUGCAAACAGUGCCUUGUUUUACCUGUAGUCUAAGAAUAAUUCGUAAGUUGUCAAUUUUUCUCACGGUAUUAACUCAAUAGCAUUGUUUCCCCGAUUGUUUUGUGUAAUGAAAUAGCUGCCAUUUAUUUUACUACCA